AUGUGCUCGACCAGCUCAUCUGGAGGUGGAAGCUGUCAAUACCAGAAGGAUUGUACAACGUCUUCUUCAAAGACGGUGCACGGAACUAUCACGUUGACCGAUAACGUCCAGCUCAAGCGGCAGAAGGAUGGAGGAAGCGGCGGGUUCAAAGAUUGUUGGGACGCCACCGAGGCAGAUGGGCGGGUCUUGGAGGGCUAA